GAAAAAUAGAAAUAAGUUGAAGCCCCGCGAUCGAGCGGCAACCGGUUGAUUUUGUGUUGGUGUGAUUCAUGCCCAGCGCAGAGGGGCGUGUGUGUGUGUGCGUGUGUGUGCGGGGGGAGAGGGGAGUAUCCAUACUAGCUGGAGCCAGUCGACUGUCAGCGCCAGCGAGCUGCGCUCAGUCGACAACGGAAACCAGAACCAGAAAGAUCAACUCGCGGGGUCUCUGCGAGCGCGUCGAGUGCCACUGAACUUGGAUGAUUGGUGGGAAAUCGAAACUCUUGCUGGAUGCUAAUACCUGCAUACAUACAUACGUAAAUUGUGCGCGUGUUGCAAUUCAAAUUCGAUUUCGAUUUCAAUUUCAAAUUCAAAUUUAAACUCAAAUUCAAAUGCAAUUGAAAGUAAACGAUUUAUUUUACAUCGAUAUAAACAAUUGUUAUUAUUGAUUGCGCAGUCAAUUGCCGAGACAUAUUUAUUUAUUUUUAUUUGUAAAAGCGAACGCGGAAACGUUAGUUUACGUUAAAUAACGACGAAGAAUAUCGCAAAAGUCAAAUACUAUUUGCGUAAAACUUAAAUAAACAUUUGUGAACGAACACUGCUAAAUAGAUAUAGUAUAAACUCACUUGAGCUCAUAUAAAACUACAACUAAAAUGACGACGACGAGGGGGCAGACAAUGCUGCUAUUAAUCACAUUAUUCAGUGUCUAUGCGAGCGGUACAGACGGUCAGUCCUAUCUGCUCACCUUGGAGAACGUACUUACACGACAACUGCCAUACAAUCUAACCAGUGUGAACGGCACCAGCGGAACGGAUCUGUUAGCCGAACAGGUGGAUAAUAACACACGGAUAUUUGUCUAUAAAAAUAUUGUGGACUCCAGCAACGAACUGUCUCAGACGGCAAUGGAUGUGAUUACCAUUGUCUGGUAUGUAGCUACAUUUCUGGCUCUGGGUGCUUUCUUUAUGCUGAUGGCCUGCUCGGAUCGCAGAUGCCGCGAUACGCGUAGUCCACAAUCGAAUGCCACGUCCAAUGAAGCACAGCGUGCACCACCUACGCCGUCGCCGUCCUACAGUGAAUUUGCACCGCCCAGCUAUGAUACGGUUGUCAAAAUGCAGCAUGCGGCCAAGCCGAGCAUCUUUGUUAUACCGUUCAACAGUGAGAAUAAAGCGAAUGAUGAGUCGAAUGUGACGCCCGUAGUGCCACCACCAGCCAGCAUCUAUACAAUCGAUGAACGGCCCAAGGCACAGCAUUGACGGGGCAUUUGCCUUUAAGCCACAUUCGGUCCACAUUGGGGCUGUGCAAUUAACGUCUCUGUGAUAUUUACCUGGUGCUCAUUCAAAAUGCCCUCGUUUUGGGUAAACGAUCAAAAACGAUGCGGCCAAUUUUGCAGUGCAGUGUAAAACAUGUAUUAUAAUAACAUUAUUGUAUUGUAGCAAUAGUAAAACUUUAGCCUUAAGUAGUGUAUAUUAGUAACUGUUUAAGAAGACUGAAUGACAGAAUAUUCUUACAUAUUUUGCAGUAGUCCAUUUAUUAUAAUGUUUUUACCUAGGUUACCCAAUAAAAAAACAUAUAUUAUCUUUUAAAAUCAUGAUACAUUUUUAAUCAAAUAUGAUUUGGGACAGGCAUGCAAUUAUUUGCUCACAGAUUUCGCAAGAAAGUGAUUCACAUUAAAGAUUUGAAAAAAAAAAAUGAAACGAAUUAACUGAAUACCAAGCAGUGCAAAGCCAAGCUGUUGCAAAGCAGUGUACAGCAGGCCAAGCAGUACAUAACAAGCAAUGCUGGCUGUUCAGCAUUCGCGUGUAUAGCAAGCAGGUGUUUAGCCAAGACACACACCAGUACAUUUAAUUUUUAAGGUCUUCGCACUAAAAAUAAAUUCUUUUAAAUUAAAUAUAAUUUAGUUUUUUUGAUAUUGUAUAUGGUACUUAUUUAAACUUCAAUGAAAAUGUAUAUUGAUAUAGAGCUUUUUCUGUAGGUCUGCUUUAAAAUAUUUAUAUCCAUCUGUAGCCUUGACACAAAUUAAAUUGUUUAUGAGCAGCUCAAGUAGAUCAUCUCGAGCUUCACAGCUGUUCAAGUUGAAUUAAGCAAUCGUAUUUCCCCCUUAUUAUAUGUAUUAUUAUUUUCUCGAUAAUAAUGUCAAUAAAUAUCAAUAAGCUGUU